UGCUUUUAGUAAUUGGAGGGAACUGAGAAAGAAACUGGCUAUAUAACAUUCGUGUUUAUUUGACUUUUCUUUAAACUUCUGUUACGUGUUCGUUGUUAUAAUAAUUAAAUAACGGAGGAAAGGAAUUUGAUAAAACAAUGUCGAAAAAGGACACAGUUAAGAAGAAGAAGAAACCUAAGGAAAAUAAAGAGGAUUGGAUGGACACUAUAACUGCUCUCACGGAUCUUCCGACUUCUCUCCACAAGUUCAUUGAGGACAAGAUUGAUUUUACUAAGUGUGAUGAAGAUUUACUUAAAGGAUUUUUUAAGGAGUUAAAAACGUACAUGAUAAAACAGCAAAACAUUUUGGAUUCAGAAGCCAGUAAUGAAGAAAAAGAAAAAUCUAAUAAUAUUUUGUAUGCCCUUUGCAAAUUUGUUAGUCCUAUCUUUAAAGAGAUGCAAUUUCUAAAGGGCAUGGUCGCCAUGCGAGUAACUGGCUGGAUGAAUGUAAUGUUGGCCGACGCUAAUCUUGACUUAAGGAUGAGAGAAUUGCUCUGUCAAUUUUCUAUCAACCACUUACAAGCAACUCCCAUUUACGACCAUUUGCAUGAAGGGAUUUACAUAUUAGAUUAUUUAUUAGAUUUAACUCUCGGUGAAGCCAAUACAAAUCAGCGUGAGAUAAAUAAUCAUAUACGCCACCUCAUGGAAUUGAAAGAUUUUAUAAAAACAACUAAUUUCAUGGGUGAACCUAUGGAUAUUAUUAGGUCAAAAUUGCUCAAAUGUGUGACAUCAAGGAAUUUUUUAAAGUCUAAAGAGGGAACGGUGUGGGCUGGUAUUAUCCUCUCAAGAGAAAUUUCUCAUGUGAGGUCCCUGCAACAAAAAAUUCGUGAUUUCCUUAUUACUCUUAGCAAAAAAGAAGCCGGUGCUUAUGCUGAUAUUUAUUUUUACGGCUGGGCAAAUGGAGAUGAAGAUAUUAAAAGGGAAAUUGAAGAAAAUUGUAUUCAAGAUUUAAUGAAAAGAAUAUUUACUUUAAGGAGAAAUGGUAUAGACAUGGGAAGAACAGGAAAAUUGGUAUUUUCAGUUUUGCAAAAUCUGCAUACUUUGCGGACUUCUAAAAAGUUCAGUGAGGUCAUUACAAAAUUGUACACACCACUUCUCUGGCGCUAUUUGAGGAGUGCUAACCCUGCUGAACGAUGUAAUGCAGCAGAAGUAUUUCUAGAUGUUUUUCCUUUGGAAAAAGUGGGAUCUGUUGGAAAUGCUUCAUUUAAAGAUAGGCAGGUUAAAGAAAUAAAGGAUUUACUAACAGAUGAUUGUCACAUUGUCAGGAUUAUUGCAGUUAAAGGGACCUGUUACCAUCUGGCCCAAUCGGUUACACUUUUGACACUUAUGGAUAUAAAACAGUUUUUCGAAAUUAUUGUUGAUAAACUAGCGAAUGAUGGAUCCACUUACCUUGUAAGAGUAGCAGUAUUUGUAGGGAUUUCAACCAUGCUGGAAUUCUCUACUACCCAUGGUAUUUUGUUUAAUGUUUUGCCUAAAAUGUAUCUACACAUCCAUGAUGAGAAUGAACAAGUCAGAAAGGCGUUUGUAAAAAUGUUAAUAAAAGUGAGGAAUUUAAAAGAUUGCAGUUUCAGCUACUGGGAUAUUGUUCCAAUAGAACACAUAGUGGCAAGACUUGAGAAUGAGGGGCCUAUAGUGGGUACUGAAUUGGCAAAAUUAAUUAUUCCAGAUUUCUAUAAGAAAAAUCAAACUAUAGAUAAAACUAUUAACAAUUUCAAGAAAAUAAUUAAACUAAACAAAGAAGCUGCCAAAAACCUUUUUAAGCAUUCAAACGGUGUUCUGAAUGUUCAUGAUGCAUUUGCUAUAAUCGUCACUGUAAUUGGAGUUUUAAGAAAAAUUUUAAAAGAACAUACUGAGAAUCCCAACACGGAAAACAUUAAUCCGGAGGAGGGUGGUGAGGUUCUGGAAAGAAGAGUUAGGGUUAAAAAAAGACGACGACUUCUCAAAAAUAUCACAAAUACAAGUCAGAAUAACAGCAUCAUCCAAGAAAAUAGCAGCCCGCAGAAUGAAAACUCUGGCUCUGAACUAGUACCUACUUUCUUUAAGAAUAUUUCAUUGCUUGAAGAACACGAAAUAUUGGCAUGUGAAUACAGCUUGGUGAUAGGAAUGGUCAGUGCUGUGACAAUUCUCUGGGCAAUAUUUUCUGAAGAACUGAUUAAAAACGAAAAAUAUUUGAGUGAUCUGUAUGACCUUUCUACUUGUGCAGUGCCCAUGCUGUUACGGUAUUACAAGGGAACUCUUGUGUACUAUUACAUUGUUGAUUUUGCAUCUCUAACACCAAUCAACAAACUUAAUCCUGUGAGCACAAUUGCAAGUGCUUGUAUUUCUGAGCUAAAAGAAAUAACAGACCAAACCCCUUCGAAUUUAACACAAGUUCUAAUAUCUGCGCUAUCAUCGUGGGAUAGAGGACUCGAGGUGAUCGAUCUGAUAAUAGAAUGGUUAAAUCAUGCUUUCCGACAAAAGAAUCUCAAUAUGACUUUAGACAUGGAACAGAAUUCCAACAAAAAGUCCAAGGUUCGGUUCAAGCCAGUGAAAGGAAAACCCCUUCUUGCCCUCACACUCCUCAGCCAUCUUGUAGAUGAUAUUUUUAAUCUCAAACGCCUUUUGCACAAAAGAAGAUUUCGAUUAUAUGAACUUCAUACCUAUAUGGCAAGGAUCAAGAUCAUACUAGAAAAUAGAGUGCAAGCAGGAGAAGAACUUAAGGAACCGGAGCUUUCAGAUAUAUUCAUUUGUAAAUGUUUUAAGUACUAUGUUUUUACUGGGAUAGUGCUUCAUCAGUCGGAACAACAAUUAGAAAAUGGUUCUAAUACUGAAGUUUCUUCUUUGAAUGCUCACAGGUUUUGCAUAGACAUUACUGAUUGGGCUACAAGAAUCAUAGUUCCAUUCUUACCAACCGAUUUAGAAGAGGAUGGAAAGAAUAGUGUGACGGUACGAUGUAUAAAUCACAUUUUGGAAAAUUCAAACUACAUAAUUUCAAUAAGCCAGACUGAUAUGGAACACAGUGUGCAUUAUGCAAGUUUUCUAUCAAACCUACUUAAUUCAGGUUGCCCUUUACUCUUCAUUGAAAAUGCAGCUAAAGGCAUUAAAGAGUUGUGUGAAUACGCUCAGGUUUAUAUUUCAAAAGAUGAGUACUCCCUUUAUAAAACAAUAUUUCCUUCCCUUCAGAGCAGACUUUUGGAAAUACUUGCUAUGUCUGAUCUAAGUACUACUAGUAUAAAAAACUUUGUUGAGGACGUAAAAGGAUUUAAUGCGGCACUAUUUUCACUUUUGACAGUUACUUAUUCAAAAUUCCCAGAUAGUGAACUUUUCUCGGAGGUUUACUCGUAUUAUAUUUAUGCCGUGAUUCAAGCCAUAGCUAAACAAAUAAUCAAAGAAAAUACGGUGAUUUGUGAAAAAAAAAUAGGAAAUCAUGUCUUCAUUGUAAAGAUAAUUUUGAAUUAUUUUAUAAGCAAACCUGUAUUCUUGAAAAGAAUAUUUCCAGUGCUGGAUAAACACCUCAUUCUCUACAAAUCAGAAGGUACAAAUUUAUUGAGCUGUGUUGCAAUAGUAUACACACUAGUUCAUUUGUUCAAAGCUAAAUCAAUCACAAGCCAAGAUCUGGAGAUUGAAUCAUGCUUAAAAAAUAUUUAUGAAUGCUUGAAAGCGUUCAGUUCGGCUCCAGUGGAGGAUUCCUUUUAUACAGAGCCUUUAGAUGUAGCCAAGAAUGGUUUUGCAGUUCUGAAAGAAGCAGCCAUCCUCACUUCUUUUGCUUUCAAUGUACAAUAAUUUACUAUAAGUUGGUUCAUAGUGUCUUAUAAAUUGUCCAAAUGAUAUUAAUAUUUUUUAUAAAUUAUAUACUCAGAUGUAGAAUUUUAUAUCGGAAUAUUUAUUAUAUAUAUAU